GUCGCACUCCAGCUCUGAGAUCUGAAGACAUUCGGUCGUCGCAGACCCGUCACGAAUGCCGUCUAUCGCCGCGGUCCGUGCAGCGAACGCUGCCUUCUCUUUCAGGCGACCUCCUGUUGCUGUCUUUGUGGGCGGUACCUCCGGUGUCGGGCAGGCUUUAUCUCGCACACUCGCUGGGUACACCCACGGAAAUGCCAACAUCGUUCUGUGCGGCCGGAACCGCUCGUCCGCAGAGGAAACCAUCAACUCCUACCCAAAGCCUACCUCGGCGGACGUAGAAAACCACCACUCCUUUAUGGAGAGCGACCUCUUCCAGAUGAAGAACGUGGAGAAGGCGACGUCCUCCCUCCUGUCUACUCUCCCGAAAGUCAACCUCCUGGUGCUCUCUACUGGCUUCAUGGACUUCCGCGGACGCGACGAGACUGCAGAUGGGAUCGAUAAGAGGCUCGCGCUCAACUACUACUCGCGAUGGAAGUUCAUCUACGACCUCCUCCCUCUGCUGAGGAAGGCGAAGGAAGCGGGAGAAGAGGCGAGGGUCAUGUCCGUCCUGGGUCCCGGCUCCGGGUGGAAGGUCGAUCUGGACGACCUCGGGCUGAAGAAGAGGUACAACCCACUGAAGGCCCUCACGUCUGCGGCGACGUACAACGACAUGAUGAUCGAGAGCUUCGCGGAACUGGAGCCACGGAUGUCCUUUGUACACGCGUUCCCUGGGCUCGUGCGUACACCGCUGAUGGGCACUAUCGGCAAGGUGCUGCUCUACCCCUUGUCUGUGACCCCCGAGGUCUGCGCAGAGUACAUGCUCUACGCCUUGCUGCAUAGCCAACCAGGAGCUUCGCGUCGGGACAACAAAGGCAACGACAUGGGGAAGAAGAGAUACUUCGGCACGGACGAAGCUAGGGAGCGACUAUGGAAGCAUACACUCGAGGAGGUGGACCGGGCGUGAAGCAUUGAAGACCGCUUUCAAGUUCUGUAACCCGCACCUCACGAAGGUACCGUCUUCCAGCUUCUGUUAUCAAUACGCUCGGAUAUUUGGGUGGA